AUUGUCGAGUCGGAUGAAGUGGUGGUGAGGAGGCUGAUGGAGAUGCAGCAGCAGCAGCAGCAGCAGCAGUCGCAUUUCGGGGCAUCAGAGGACGAGGAUCUAGAGCAGAAACAGCAACAACCACAUAACCAACAACAACAGCAAACAACACAGCACCAACAAAAACAAGAACAACCACAACAAGAACAUCUCAAGGAUGCGGAAAUGAUGACCGAUAAGCCAGAAGAGGAGCUGAAAGAAAAAGACCAACAACACACGGAAGAUUCGGAUAUGGAACUAACUGACGAUCAAGAUGUAGACGAAACUGAAACGGAUUUGGAUGGGGAGAAUGACCAGGAAGCAGAAGGUGGCGGCGGCAGCGGCGACGAGGAUGAGGAUGAGGAUGGCACCAUCGUAGAAGACAGCGAUGCCACCAGCUGCAGUAGUUGUCGUCGCGCCGAACUGGAGGAAAAUCAGGAGGAUCAGGAGCCACCACCAACUGCUUCCCCCCAAAAACAUAAAGAUGAUGUCAACUAGAUCCGUAGACGAUAUCUUUCGAUUCCCUCCCCUCAAAUAAAGAAGAUACGCGCACGCACCAUUUUAGCUUGUCUAUCGAAUGCAAGAAAUACCUAUUUGUUGGUGGUAUUCCUUACAUCAUUAUAUGCCGCUCUGGAAAACUCGAAAGGCGGCGAAAAUCAUAAAAAAAGAGCGAUUAUUAUGUCCACACAAUUAUACACUCGAAGAAAAGAAAUUGUAGACAAGCAUGAACCAACGCUGUUUAGUUUUGAAAUCACCAUUUCCCCAUCCCAAACCUUUAAGAAUUGGUCAUUUGGAUUGCAUUCGCGCCCCAUGAUUCUAACUUCUGUUGAAAUUUCUCAUUUUUCUUUCUUUAAUUUUUUUUUUUUUUGGCUACAAAUGUAUGAUGUGCUGGCGCUUUGUUUGGCCUUAUAAUUUAUUUAUAAAACCUGCAAAUGCGUAAUUAAACAAUUGUUAACUAGAAAUUAACCAAAAA